UUCUUCAGUUUUUCACAGUGCUGUGCAGAGAUCUUGAAGGAGCAAAGUAUAUGUGCAUAUUUUUUCUUGGAAGAUUAACCCUGUCAAUAUGUGGAAUAUGCACAGUGGCUCUUUUCUUCUGAUAAGAAGGAAUCUCUAAAGAAAUCAAAACCAAAAAGUCAGUUGUAGCCUGGAUAUGUACAAAGGACCAUUUCCAGAAAUGAAGAAUCAGAACCAAAAUCAGAGAAAUGCUAGGACUUGAUUUCAAGUGAAUCGGAACAUCUGCUUGUUUAUAGACAAGCUACAAAAUGAACUGUUUUCUUCAAUGGCCUGAGCUUUAUCACACACAUCUACUCAAAAUGAUUUGUGUUGAGAGUUUCACUCUCCUCAGUGACUGCCCUGCUCUGGAUGCCAGCUUAGCUUGUUCAAAGUGAAGAAAGUAAUCACAGUUACUCUCCUGAGCGAUUCUAAAUGCUUCUUCAUGGAGACCACAGAUGUUUAAGAUGUUAUUUUCGCAUUUCAUAAAUGACAGCUUCUGUGGAAAUAAGACAGAACAGAACCUUAGUCAGACAUUACUGACUAGUAGGUCUGAGAAUGAUACCAACAGUACAAACUUGAAAUUUGCACUGGACGCACAGUCAAUAGGUGUGGGAACCUUUCUUGCAGUGCUUAUUUUAUUUGCUAUUAUGGGGAACAUCCUAGUUAUUCUUUCUGUGGCUUGCAACAGGCACCUUCAGACAGUGACUAAUUAUUUCAUUACUAAUCUUGCUAUAGCAGAUUUAUUGCUGAGUACUACUGUGUUACCCUUCUCUGCAUCCCUUGAGGUAUUAAACGUUUGGGUGUUUGGACGCAUUUUUUGCAAUAUCUGGGCUGCAGUGGAUGUCUUAUGUUGCACUGCUUCUAUACUGAGUUUAUGCAUCAUUUCAAUAGACAGAUACAUUGGAGUGAAAUAUUCCCUGAAAUACCCAACGAUAAUGACUGAAAAAAAAGCUGUGAUUAUUCUUAUAGUAAUUUGGUUGUCCUCCAUGAUAAUUUCAAUUGGACCUUUACUAGGCUGGAAAGAGCCCCCACCAUUGGAUGAAGGCAUUUGCAGCAUCACAGAGGAACCAGGCUAUGCCCUAUUCUCCUCUCUUUUUUCAUUUUAUUUGCCCAUGAUGGUCAUCCUGGUUAUGUAUUUCAGGAUUUAUAUCGUGGCCAGAAGAACAACAAAGAACCUCGAAGCCGGGGUUAUGACAGAAAGAAAUAAAUCUAUGGAAGUAGUUCUCCGGGUGCAUUGCAGAAGUGUCCUGGAAGAAGUUUCUGCUAGUUCCAGGACUAAAGGGCAUCACUUUAGAAGUUCCCUCUCUGUGAGACUCUUGAAAUUCUCCAGAGAGAAAAAAGCUGCCAAGACACUAGCUAUAGUUGUAGGGGUAUUUAUUGUCUGCUGGUUUCCAUUUUUCCUUGUGCUCCCUCUAGGUUCCUUUUUUCCUUCUCUAAAGCCAACAGGUCUGCUCUUCAAGGUAAUCUUUUGGCUGGGAUACUUCAAUAGCUGUGUCAACCCCAUAAUCUAUCCAUGUUCCAGCAAAGAGUUCAAAAGAGCAUUCAUAAGGCUUCUGAGGUGCCAGUGCCAAAGGAGAAGGCGGCCUCUGUGGAGAGUCUAUGACCAUCAGUGGAGAACAUCUUUCAACAGCUCCAGUCGUGAAUCAGAUGGUGACAUCAAGCCUAGGUUUGCAGCAUUCAGCAGUUCUUCUAUAUAUAAUUCAUCAGCUUCUGAGCAGCCCAUUAAAAGAAAAGCAUUCAGCCUUGGGGGGUUGCACCUCUUCUCUCCUUUCCAGAGAUCAUCAUCCCAGAUUAAGAAGAAGAUGAACAAUCUGUCCAUUAAAAUUAGGAAUGGAUCAAAUAAAAGUAAUGUGUCCAAUCACAAUAAACAAGAAAUUGAAUCUGUUGCUAUGGCAAUCUGUAAAGACUUCACAGAACAUACUAACCAUGAGAGUUAUGAUGUAUCUGGUUGCUAUGGACUCAAGGAAACAGACAUUUAAGGAUAAAAGCAUAAAAGUGGACACAGACAUGUAUAUGGAUGCACAAACAACAGCUAAACAGACCCGUGUUGUCAAACAGAUCUUCAAAAUGGUGCUUCAAAAAUGUGUAUUCAGAGCAACAGGAAUAUGAAGCUGGCCAUUAAAUGGCUUACAGUUGUAUAUCUGAAAUGUUAGGCAUUUUGUAACAUACUAUUUAAUGACAGUGAUAUCAGGGAAAUGUUCACAUCUUCAUCAUUUCUAUAAACUGAUAACUCAGUGAGAGAUGAACAUCUGCAAUGAAAUCAUUAUAUUACUACAAAUGAUGCAUAAACCAAAGCAUACGAGCUAUGCUCACUUUUGUGAUUCUUAAUAUCGUCAUGAUAUUUAGCACUGAUGCCAUUUGUUAUUGCCAAUACUCAAAACAGUUAUGAUUCUUUACAUAAAUAAAAUCCAAGCCUACAGCUUGACACAAACCUCAAUUUGCAUUCUAUAUAUGACAUUUCUAGGGACAUACAGUUGUGGUAUGAGGCUUAACUGAACUCUUGUAUUAUUGUAUGAUGGAACAGAUUGUAAACUCUCAUAUUUCGAGCACUACUGCUAUCUGCAUUUCUUAAAAAAAUCCAGUAUAAACAAUAAUCUGCUUUUAGUCUGUAAAAUAAAUAUUGUGUUGUUGUUCAAGAUCGUUAUCACUUUUACAAUGUUAUGACAAUUCAAUUCAGUUGCCAAAUUUUAAACUGCUCAUACUAAAAUCUACAUUGUUGUGUCUAGUGUAAUGUGGUAUAUCCACUAACAUUACAGAUUUAUAGUACUAUAUUCUGAACAAUUCCACUACAGACCUUAAUGUUAAAAUACUGCUUCAGGAAUUCCAAAGGUCUCAUGCUUUAUGUAAUUUAAUGAGUGUCAUUCCAAAAUGAAAUAUUAACACAAAGACUAAGCAGAUAAUUGUUACAGAAUGAUUAUAAAUUAUCAUAGUUUUAAAAGGAUUUCAUGCAGUAUGCUUUCAUGAGAAAUGGGCAUGUGGUCUCACUGAUUUAAUGAAAAAGAUAUGCACAAAAUCCUUUUAGGUGAUAGGCUGAUAAUGUUUUUAAGCAUUUGUUUUAAUGAAACACAGAGUUUUCUGUUUGUCUUCUUUCCAUAAUGUGUUAUUACAGUUUUGCCAAUAGGAAAUGAAUAGUUCUGUGAUUUACUCCGUCACAUGUGUUUACUUUGGCCUUUUUUUUUCACAAAACUUUGAAUGUGUGUAAUUAAUAUGUUGUGUCUCAAAUAAAGCAGCAGGUAAUAUUAUGCCUGUCACUAAUCUGUUAACAUUGUAAAGCUAGGCAAGCUAAGACAUGCCACACUAUGAUUGCACAAUAUUUAUAUUUCUGAAAGGUUGCACUUGUAUGUAUGUGGAUAUGUGGAAAGUUGUCAGAAGGUGAGUUUUUUAUAUCAAGAACUUAUGCAUCAUAGUAGUUUCCUUUGUAGUUGUGUAAUAGUAAGGAAUAAUAUGUAUAAAAUGGACAUUGGAGAGAAGCUACUCAGCUCCUACUUAGCAGUGUAGUUUGGGAGGAUGCUAAAUUUAAAGGCAGGAAAAUGUAUUAUAUAUUAUUUUCUGAAUUAAAUGUUGCAAUCUUUUUGUCUAAUUUGUUACAUUUGACAAGUUUCCCUUCAUAUAAAGUUAUAAAGUUAAGCUGCAGUCUUUAUACAUUGGCCUAUUUUGUGUUAACACAUAAUAAA